GAAUAAGUGGUGAAGGAAAAAAGACCGCGGACUUCAGGGCACAUCUAAACCUGGAUAGGGACUCUUCCUGUCUUCAUGCUGGAGUUUUUCCCCUUUACAUCUGUCAAGAUGUUGCAGUUUGUCCUGUUCCUGCCCGCGCUCUGCCUAGCCCAGCGUUCCGAGCCCAUGUUCUCGGCCGUGACCAAGGCUGUCCUUCCUCCCGACUACGAGAACAACCCUACCCAGCUCAACUACGGCGUGGCGGUCACCGACGUGGACGGCGAUGGAGAUCUGGAGGUGUUUGUCGCAGGUUACAAUGGUCCGAACCUGGUGCUGAAGUACGACAAGCAGAGACGGAGACUCAUCAACAUCGCCGUGGACAACCGAAGCUCCCCAUUCUACGCCCUGAGAGAUCGUCAAGGCAACGCCAUUGGGGUGACAGCUUGUGACAUUGAUGGCGACGGUCGGGAGGAGAUUUAUGUACUCAACACCAAUAACGCCUUUUCUGGGCGGGCGACAUAUUCCGACAAACUGUUCAAGUUUCGUAACGGACGCUUCGAAGACCUGCUGAACGAUGAGAUUAACGAACACAGAGAUGUAGCCAACCGCAUGGCUGGACGAUCAGUGGCCUGUGUGGACAGAAAGGGUACAGGCCGUUACGCCAUCUACAUAGCAAACUACGCCAGCGGCACUGUGGGCCCACACGCACUUUUAGAGAUGGACGAGGCGGCGAGUGACCUCUCGCAAGGCGUCAUCGCCCUCUCCAACGUGGCUGAGCAGGCGGGAGUCAACAAGUUCACAGGGGGUCGAGGUGUGGUGGUGGGACCCAUCGUCAGCCAGACCUUCUCCGAUGUGUUUUGCGACAACGAGUACGGGCCGAACUUCCUCUUCAGGAACAACGGAGAUGGGACUUUCACUGACGUGGCGCAGCAGGCCGGGGUGGAGGACCCCAUGCAGCAUGGUAGAGGCGUAGCGCUUGCAGAUUUCAACCGGGACGGAAAGACCGACAUCGUGUACGGCAACUGGAAUGGACCUCAUCGUCUCUACAUGCAGCUUAACAACCGCAAGCAGAAGUUCAAGGACAUCGCCUCGCAGAAGUUUUCCAUGCCAUCCCCAGUCCGCACCGUUAUUGCAGCCGACUUUGACAACGACAACGAGCUGGAAGUUUUCUUCAAUAACAUCGCCUACAGGGGGCCCUCGGCCAAUAGACUGUUUAGGGUGAGCAGGAGAGAGCAUGGAGACCCGCAGAUCGAGGAGCUUAAUAUUGGCGAGGCGUCCGAACCAGAGGGACGUGGAACCGGAGCUGUAGCUACAGACUUUGAUGGAGAUGGUCGUCUGGAGCUGCUGGUGUCUCACGGGGAAAGUGCAGCGCAACCACUGUCUGUCUACAAAGUCAACCUGGGAACCACCAACUCGUGGCUGCGCGUGAUUCCCCGCACCAAGUUUGGGGCUUUCGCUAGAGGAGCUAAAGUGGUGGUGUACACCAAGAGGAGUGGACCCCACACUCGUAUCAUCGAUGGAGGUUCAGGGUACCUCUGUGAGAUGGAGCCCGUUGCACACUUUGGCCUUGGUAAGGACGUGGCCACAAAUGUGGAGGUGUACUGGCCAGAUGGUCGCUCUGUCGCUCGACCCUUGGAGCCAUCAGAGAUCAACUCUGUGAUGGAAAUUCACUAUCCGAGAGACGAAGAGGAAAUCACUCCCAUCGUGGAAAUAGAGUGUGGUCCCGGCUUUGCUCUUAAUGAAAAUGGCCGCUGCAUUGAUAAAAAUGAGUGUACCCAGUUUCCUUCUGUGUGUCCCUCCGACCGUCCCGUGUGCACCAACACCUACGGCAGCUUUAAAUGCCGCGCCAAGAAGAGAUGCAACCAGGGCUUUGAGCCCAACUACGAUGGGUCCGCCUGCGUGGCCCAGGUGGCUUACUUUGGGAAGACGCAGUCUUCUGCAGAAUGCACACGGUCAGCUUUUUCUUUCUGGCUGUCGCCCAUCGGCAUGCUUUCUCUCAUCUCCAACCGUCUCCUGGGUGGACUACUGUAGCUGCCUCGCUUCUCCUUGACUCAGCUCUCGACACUUGGACAAGGAUGUACAGAAACUAUCUAUGCCCCUUCUCUUCGUCCCCAAUGGAUCAGUGAUAUCGCUCUUUGUACAGCCGUUUCCACCUCUGGACUUGCAGGGAGCAUGUAAGAACUAACCGUGUUAGACCCGCACAGCCCUCACGUCAACAGCUGGCAUUUAUCUCAGCGGGAUUUGAGACUUUGAGUCCGAGUCAAGACGUGGAGGCUGCAGCGUAUGAACCGCUGCUGGGAACUGACUGGCUCCACUGGCCACAUUCAUUAGGGGCUUGCAGAGGCAGCCAUUUGUAUCUGCACAAUGCCACGCUCAUUCUGUGUUGGGCCUUACCGGGAUGCUGAGGAACACCAGGUCUCCAAGUUGCAAGUUGUGUGUGAGAGCAAGGGAACAUAUGCCAGACCAUCUGACUGUGGUGGUGGCUCACAUUUGGUGAACCAUUCCUAAUUCUGCAGACAUUUUUGUGUGAGAGAGCACAAUAAGAGCUUUAGUUUUAUUUACUGGAAUCUGCAUGGCGUCACUCCAAUUCAGUUAAGCACUAUAUUACAUUUGCUUCGAAUACAAGACAUUGGCUCAAAAUCCCAAUGCCAUUCAUCAUUUUUGGCGGUUAGAGUGCGAAGGUUAAAGUUAGGGUGGGUUAUUUUCAUUUAAAAAAAAAAAAUGCAUUAAAUGCCUUUGUACUUACUAGUUACAUUUACUUUUGAUGAAAUCAAUUUAAUUACAAUGUAUUAUCAAAACUUCCCGGCUGAUGGAGUUCAAUGAACACUGUGCCAAUUAUAAAAAAAAAUUAUGGAGAAAAAAAAAGGAAAGCCUGAAGCUUUUAUUAAGCAAUAUCAUAUUCUUGGAAUAAAAUCAUGUUCUCUUGGGAAUUAAAUCAAACCCAAAGUGAGCGUUUUA